AUGACCACUCAGCACAGCAGUAACCAUCAACCCAUGCAGGGUGAGGGCGACAUCCAUCUCGGGGAUUUUAGAGAAUUGAGAUCGUCAAACUCAACUGGCUCGACUUUGGUUGGAUCGCGCCCGCACACAGAUGGAUUUCCGAUGACUCAGAGCACAUUGGGUCUCCGGGACGACUCUUUCAUCAUGGACAAUGCGCUAUUGUCUAAACAGGCAUACUCAUUGUCAGCUCCGCCCGCGCUCGCUCCGGUGCCCAACAAGCCUCGGGCUAGAAGAGCAAAUAGGACCACGGCUGAGAUGCAAGCUGACGAGGCCGCACUAGCUCUGUAUCGUCAGGAGAAGUCGGAUAAGGCUGCCUUCAAGGCGGCUGAGGCACGGAUCAAAGCGACACAAAAGGCGGCACAGAAUAUUUUCUAA